UGAAGAAUCAAGUUUUUUACGUCAAAAGGUCCACUUUGACAGAUGGGCGGUUUUUUUGGAUAAAACAGAUGGAAAGCGCUGGAUCACUGUAAAACAACUUCGCUAAAGGACGGGAUCUGCACAAGAUGACGCGAAUUUGGACAUUUGCAGUUUUGGUGUUCUGUUUACGGAUUUCAAGACCAGCUCUUUCCACCAGGUGCUUUUCUUGUCAAGGACUGAUCGGUUCAACAUGCGAAAGCGCAACAACCGAAGUGGAAUGUCCGCAAGCAUAUAAUUCUUGCUUUACAGUCGCCAGAAUUAUGGACUACCCUGACAUUGGCAGGUAUGUAGAGGUGAUCAAAAACUGCUCCAUUUGGCAAGAUUGCUGGUUUAACGGUAACGCCUCGUGUGAUAAUUCAUCCGGGUUUGUGAACAGUUGCUCCAUUGAUUGCUGUGUUGGGGAUUUGUGUAAUAACAUGACAGUGCAGAUCACGCUUAACUCUGUAGCACGCGUGAUCACGCACACCAGUGCAGACUUCGCGAAACGCACGAACCUUGAGCGAGAGGUAACGAAUACUGGUGCAACAACAAAGGCAACACAAACCCCAAUGUUUACAUCCGGGAUACCCGUGAUGACAAGAAAAGCAGCGCAUGCGUCAAGGGUACCAUCCGGGAUACCUAUCAUGACAGCUGUGUCGUCAACACAGCGCCAAUCCACCUUGAAUGACAAAGCUUCUACACCCUGGAGCUCGCAGAGAAGCCCGGUUUCCGUAUCUAGAAGUAACAUCACCACCAAUGACUCGUCCCACGAAGUAAUAGCAGUCCCCAAUCAUUCCAAAGGACUUUGGAGUCAGCUACUUACUCAAGUGAUAAUGGUGGCUCCAGGAAUUAUUUACGAGAGAUUUUAGACAUGAAAUGAUAGGCAAGCCUAUCAUAGUUGAAGUUCAACUUUUGCUUUAUUCGGCAGACGAGACGGAUAAAGAUUAGAUUGCCAUAAUGAUAAAAAAUUAAGGUGGUUCUGUGCCGAAUGUACAGGUUUUUAAACUCAAAAUGGGGGCCGUUCGAUUUGUUCGCAAGUAACAGACACGGAAAACCAAAAUAAAGAGUAUCUCUCAGAGACUGCAGUGUCGCUAUGGUAACCUAAUAUAAGGGUCUGAAAUCGAGAGAUCACCAUUCAUUUUUAAAACUAUCUUCGGGGAAUCAAAAAGAAGAAGAAAUAAUACGGGGGGGGGGAGGGG